AUGCGCAUGCAUUGGCAUGGGAUCGCGCGAUCCCCCCCCGAUACCCGUGGCGAUGUGCUAGUACAAUGGUGCUUAGACAAUGACUAUAUUAUUCACAACACUGGAGAUUGCACUCGCCACACCACCCGCCAUGGCCCGUCCGCGCCAGAUGUGACAAUAUCCCGAGAAUGCCGUGUAGAGUCCUGGACGGCAUCCUUCUCCCCGGACAGCGACCAUUAUAUCAUCCUCUUCGACGUAGUAGUAGGAGAUGAUGAUGAACCACUGCGGUUCCCUCGCCCCCGCGCCCCCAUUUAUGCAUGGAAGAAGGCGAAGUGGUCCCGUUUUAGACAAAUGUCAAACGCACAGUGCAACAAACGAAUUAAAGAGAAAAUGAGCGUUCACAAGAGAGAACGACUUCUCGCCUCCGCCAUCCGUAUCGCAACAGCUGCGGCGGUUCCCCGCGGAGGUCGAGAUACUGCCCCUUAUUGGACUCCAGAACUAGAUGAAAUCGAAGCGAAGAUUCACAAAUGUAAACCCUCUGUCUAUAGAGAUAGAUUGGUAGCACGCAGGAGAGAAAUACUAAGACAAGCUUCCCAUAAGAGAUGGAAAACCCUCUGUAAUAACAUGGCCGUGGCAGAUGGCUGCUGCUGGAACAUUCUGAAGAGGAUAUACGCCCCACGCCCCUUAAGUACCCCGGCGAUAAAGAUUAACAAUACGGUACUCACAGAAAAUCAGAAAGCCAAGCACUUUAUCCGUCUAUAUUCGCGAAGAGCUAAACGACACCCACAUUCAUACCCUCCUCCGCCCAUUCCAGUGAACGAUACAGAAUUCAUACCCAUUACAGCAGCAGAACUGGAACGAGCGCAGCGUCUCCUUCCUAAAGGGACGGCUGCAGGUCCUGAUGGGAUCUACGGCGAGGCUCUCCAACAUUUGGGACCCCGAGCCAAAGCAGAGACCCUCGCUCUAUUCAACCAGAGUCUCCGCACUGGUGUCGUUCCCGUCUCUUGGAAAGUAGGUAUCAUCGUACCGCUCCUUAAACCCGGAAAGAAAGCCACAGAUUUAGAUUCAUUCAGACCAGUUACGCUCACCAGCUGUCUGUCCAAACUCAUGGAAAGGAUCAUUGCAGCCCGCAUUAGAGACGUUAUUGAAACCAAACUGACCCCACAACAAUCUGGAUUCAGACCUGGCCACUCCACACUAGACCAAUUAUUGCAUUUACGCGCAGCCCUCACGAGACCUACCAAAGAUUCGAGAACGGGCGCAGUAUUCGUAGACUACGCUAAAGCUUUCGAUACUGUAGACCAUGAUCGAAUUGUUAGCGCGAUGCGAGAGAUGGAACUCCCACCACACAUUAUACGAUGGUCAGCAUCUUUUCUGAAAGGACGCCAAGCCAAAGUACGCGUAAACAGUAAAUCCUCUCCCCUAAUGCUCUUUCACCGCGGUGUGCCACAGGGAACAGUUCUUGGCCCACUUAUGUUCAUUAUCGUCAUGAACACCCUAAGCAAACGAUUAUCUCAAGUUCCCUUACUGUUUCAUGGCUUCUUUGCAGACGAUCUGACACUAGCAGCGCGACAUAUCAACAGAGACAUCAUCAACAGUACACUGCAACAAGGGCUUAACGUAGUGGACGAAUGGUCCAAGAACUAUUUUAUGGAAAUCAACGUAGAUAAGACGAAAUACACCCUCUUUGGAUCAACAGACCCGCACCCUCUCUCUCUUGAACUCCACGGUACCCCCGUCGGUCCGGAGAAGACUCCCAAACUUCUAGGUAUCACAUUCCAGAACUUUCGUGGUAUGUCUACCCAUGUGGUACAAACGAGACAACGCAUGAACUUUCGAUUACUACAACUUGCAGCGAUCUCCUCACCCACAUGGGGACCGAAACGUGAUGUCCUACGAGCCUUCUACCUGACACUAGUUCAAGCUCAAACACUUUACGGUUUUGAAGUAUGGUAUUGGGAUGCGGCUCCCACAUCACGAAAACUCUUAGAUGCAGGCCAGAACAAAGCUUGCCGCACCAUAGCAGGUAUUCCAUAUGGAUGCCGCUCCGCCGACGCAUUACGUGAAGCCCGUCUUCUCCCAUUAGAGAUGACAGCCAUGAUUCGGAGCCUCAAAUAUUUAAUGCGCUGUCAAACAAGAGGUGGAUCUCUCAAAGAAAGCGCAGAACAAGUUUAUCACGAAACCCAUCCAGUACGCGAAUUCUAUGUACGCAUCAUGAAGAUCUAUCCAACACUCGUUAUAGAGCCACGCGAGCCCACCUCUACUGACUCCAACAUUAAGAUUCAGUAA